AUGGCGGGCAAGCGGCUGGUUAUGGCACCCUCGCCGGGCACAGGCCUCUUUGCUCAUGAGCCGCGCCCGCGAGAGAAGGGAAGGUACGCACGCGAGCCGCCCAAAGAGACUGACAAGCCCCUCGUCGAUCAUGAGGAGGAGCGUGUGAACAAGCAGCUCGUUGAGAUCUUGGAGCGCAAGGUCGCCAAGCUGCGUGGGAGAGCGGACGAGGAGGAGCGGGGUCGGAAAGCUGCAGAAGCGCAGUUGGAGGACUUCAAGCAAAGACUCGAGAUCCGCGAGCAUGAGAUGGCUGUGCUUUCUGCGGCGAAGCGCGACCUCGAGGAGGACCGUCAUGAAGCAGUUCGGCGGCGAGCAGAGCUGGAGGGCGUGCAGCAAGAUUGCUGGGCACCCAACAUCUCUGAUGAGGCGAGAAGGGACGUGCUCAGAAACUCAGACUUGGCUCUACGUGGGAGGCAGCCGGAGUUGCUGACGGCCCACCUCCGCCGACUUUCGCGGAAGCAGGUGAAGAGAGCUCUUCAAUUCCUCAGAAGCUGCCGCGCGCUGCAGCUGGAGCCGAACGUCUUCCAUCUCACUGCCGCCGUCUCGGCCUGCGAGAAGUCCUCGAGCUGGGGAGCUGCACUGGGCCUGAUCAGCUCCCUCACCUCCUGGGAGGUGUGUCCCAACGAAGUCACCCUCAGCUCCGGCACCAGCGCUUGUGCAAAGAAGGCCCGCUGGCAAGCGGCUUUCAAUCUACUGCGGGCCAUGCGCAAGCUCAGCCUACAAAGGGACGAGUUCAGCGGCUCUGCGGCCAUCUGUGCCAGCGCCCCACGGGGGCUGUGGCCGCUGUCCCUGGGUACUCUCAGCGCGCUGCACUGGGCCUACAUCUUGCCUUCAGACAGGGCCUUCGCAUGCUGCAGCGCCGCCAUCACCGCGUGCGAGAAGGGCCGCCGAUGGCAGAUGGCGCACCUUCUGCUGCACUUUCCGGCCUCCGUGUCCCAGGAUGUGAUCACUUUCAGCGCAGUCCUGAGCGCAUUUCAGAAGGCAGAUCGCUGGGAGCCCGCGCUGCAGCUGCUGGGGCAAAUGCACUGGGCCAGCGUGACUCCGAACGCUUUCAGCCUGAACGCCGCGCUCAGCAGCUGUGCCAAAGGCCGCUGGAAGCUGGCCCUAGUGCUUCCCGGCUCACUUCCGGCGCUUCCCUUGGACCGGGUGACCUACAACACGCAGAUUCGGAUCUGCGAGGAGGUGCAGCGCUGGCGACAGAGCUUUGCCCUCCUUGGGCAGAUGAGGACCAGGGCCAUGGUCCCGGAUCUCAUCGGUAUGAGCAGCGCCAUGGCAGCUUGCGAGAGGACGGGCCAGUGGAAGCUGGGUCUCCACUGCCUUUCUUGCAUGAGGGUGCUGCGAAUGCAGAUCGACGAUCUGUGUUGGAGUUGUGCGAUGAGCGCUUGCGACAGCUCGGGACGCUGGCAAGCAGUCUUGGCGCUCAUGAGCGAGGCUCAAGCGCACCGGUGCAUGGGGGACGCGGUGGCACAUGGCAUCGCGAUGCGCGCCUGCAGCAUGGGGUCGCUCUGGCAGCAGGCGCUCGACAUGCUGAGCUCUGGUGAAGAGGAGCUCGCUGGGGACAUGAUCUGCUACAGCGCAGCAAUCUCCGCCUGCUUCAGUGCCCUUGUGGUCAGAAGGCAUGUGACCAGCUAUUGUGCACACGAGGCAAGCGAAGCCACACUUGAGGAGCUCCAACAGCAACAGCGCGAGCUGGCCUUCGAGCAAGUGGAGCAAGGGCUUCCAGCUCAACACGGCACGGCUCAUGAUUCCAAUGAUGGCGUCGUGCCGGAUCCAGAACUUCCGCCACCACAGCGCAAGUCCUGGACAGAUCCGCUCGAGUUUGCGAAAGCUGUCGAGCAGCAGGCAUCGAUGCAUUCGAUGAAGUCUGCCAUUCACAAGGGCGUUCUUACAAAGAUGGGUUCCAAGGUCUUCCCCGAAGAGCCUAGUCACGGCGACCCGCACCAGCGCCAGCGCUUCUCCUGCGAGACCAUCGCCUCCGUGCUUUGCAACAUCUUUCUUCUGCCCAUUGGCGUGGUUCUAUGCGACGCACCUUGCCCCUGGUUGCAGAAGGCGGCACGUCGCGGCGCCGUGCUCGUGGGUAGCAUGAUGUGGGUGGCCUGCGUGCACAGUGCAUCCACGGAUGCCAACACCGGCCGGGAGGUGGGCAGCUGUUGGCUUCGGGCUUGUGAGGCGACGGCCUUCCUGGCCCUCUUGUUUGGCAAAAGCUGCAGCAAGAGCUUUGGGCAGCUGAAUGGCCAUUACACAAAGGCAAUGAAAUCACAAGGCUUGGCUUCAUCUCGAGGUCACAGAAUCAAGUGGGACGUGGCUGUGAUCCUGGGGUGCUGCGCCUGUUGGCUUGCUUGCCACUGUGCGAAGGUUCGACUUGUGUCCAUGUCCGGUGGCCAGAUGACCAUGCAAGUCUACAUGCUGCCAUGUCUCCAAGUCGGGUACAGCGCAGCGUGGUCUUUAUGGCUCCUGCGUUGGAACGAGUUGUUGAAGGACUCCGUGGAUAAGUUCUGCCGGCACUGCGCAGAGUGCCCUGCCGUGGUGGAUGCAACAUACACCCAAUGGUUUUGCAUCAUUUCCCUCGCGGGGCAGAUCGCGGAGGAGGGGGAUACGGUGUACUUCGUGAUGUGCGGCUCCACAAUGCUGAGCGCAGUCCCACCCCUGGUGGACAUCUUUGUGCCGGCCCAAGAGUUCCCGCUUGCUGGUACAGACUGGCUGCUUCCGCAGCUGACCGCCAGCAUUGUAACCUUGUUCCUCGUGGCCCACGUGAUCAGAAGUGCUUCGGCAGCGACCGCAAAGUGCGAAACGGCAGUGGCCUUCGUCAACUCCUUGCAAGCGUUCCUACCCCCUGACAUGCGUCCAGACCAUGGCCUGUUUGUAAGCUUCAUGGAGGUCAGUGAUGUGGGCAUCUCUGUUCGUGGUGUGAAGGUUACUACUGCGCUGCUUUUCCGCUUGCAAUCACUGGCUUUCAGCGUGAUGCUCUUCUCAGCAAUGCGCUUUCAGAUGCUGCCGGAGGAUCAAAAAGCACAGCUUGAAGAGCAGCUGGACCGAUUCCUACGUAGAAGAGAUCUUCUUUCGGGAAGCGGCUUCGGGGUGCCGAAGUUGGACUGGUGGGCCCACAUCAAGCCCUAUGCCAGAAGAGGUGCGUCAGUGCAGAGGGCGCUCCGCGAGCGCGAGGCGGAGGUGCAAAGGCUGGAAGACAAGCGUCUGCAUGACGAGGAGCAGUGGAAAGCUCAGAUUCUGAAGCUGCUGGGGGAGGUGAAGAAGGUCGAGCAGACCUCCGCAUCUUUGUCGCAGGAGCUGACCGCGACCAAGUCCGAGCUUUCUCGCGUGAAGGCCGGUGGCCAGGACGUCGUCCGACGAUACGAGGAGGAGAGCGGGCGCCGCCUCGAGCUGGAGGAGCGAUGCCUGCAGCUCGAGGAGAAGGUGAGAGCGGGAAGCGCGAAGAGUCGGGACGCGGAGUUCCAGCAGAAGCUGAAGCAGAGCCAGCAGGCCAAGCAGACUGUCGAGGAGCUGGCCAAACAUCACGAAGAGCGCGGCCGCGAGGAAGCGUUGAGAGCUGACGAGGCCGAAGCGCGUUGCCAGGACUUGCAGACGGAAGUCCAAAGGCUGCAUGCGCUGUGCUGCGAGCAGAAGCAGCGGAUUCGUGAAUUGGAGGCUUCCCAGGCGGCUCCUGCGGCGGCAGCGCAGGAGGUCCCUGAAGAGGAGGGGCCUCCCGCGGCCUCCCAGCUGCCCCCUCUACCGGGACGCUCAAGUCGCCCCGGCACUGGCGGUUCCGCGGCGAGCGCCGCGAGCGAAAGGUCGCGCGGCCCGGGUAGCCGAAGCCGGAGCGCCACGGAAAGCCUGCCGCAGCCGCUUGCCGGCGGCUAUCAAAAAGCAGGUGCCUCGGAGGGGCGGCUCCCGCCCGGUGCGAUUCGCCGGGGCGGCAGCGUCCCCGUGAGGAAGCCCGGCGCAGGUCGCGGUAUCCCCCAUCCCUUGGCGAAGCAGUCUCGCAGCGCGAGCCCGGCAUGCCAAGUGCAGAGGACGCCGCCGCCUUUCGGCGCGGGCAUCUUACGGGUGGCGAACAGCGACUCCAGGCCCAACAGCGCCGCGAGCCGUCAGGGCAGCUCACAGCGCGCUGAAAGCGAGGCAGAUCUGGGCAUUGACGACGCCAUCCCCAGUGAGUCUGACUCCUCCGACGAAGAGGAGGUGCUCACGGCCGUCAAGUCGAGCGCAUGGCAAGUGUUUCACGCGUUCGACUGCUUGCGGGCAAAGUCCGCCAAAGAGCAAUCAUUUGCCCGAGCGGUGACCGUUGACAAAGCUAGUGGCCCUGAAGCCUCCGGUUCUUUGGCAGCAUGGCAGUCCGGCGCCUACGUGGCGUAUGCUUGCCUAGAAGCCCGGAAAAGCGGUUGUAUAGGCAGAGUUAUAGGUAAGGAAUCGGAGCCCGUCUUCCGCCAGAAGCGGGGGGCCUUCCUGGACCAGGCCUCCGUAGCUCGACCGCCUCCAGCCGGGUUCGGCGACAUCAACAUGGUCGAAGAGAUAGAGAGGCAGGAGGAUGAAGUGAAGCAUGCCCGCUUGGAGGUCCGCCUUCGGGAGAUGGUCCUGGAGGUCGUCGCACCAACAGUGGAGCGCGCGGUUCGCAUGCAGAAUCACUGUGACCACCUUUCGAAGCGCAUAGAGAGCCAGCACGGCGUCCUGACCUUAAUGGCCAGAGACGUGCACACUGCCAUGGAGAAGUUGGGCUUGGUGGGCGAGUUCAAGAAGCAGCUCGAUGACUUCUGGGGCAGCCAGAAAGAUCUGGAGUUGAAGCUCGCGAACCACGUGAGGGAGGUCCUGGCCAACGUCGAGCAGUGCAAGCACGACUGCAAGACUCUCUCCUCCACCACCGAGCGUCUCAACAAGCAGAUCAUCCGAGCGCAGGAGGACACCGACCACCUGCGCACGGACAUUUUCAAGAUGCAGACAAGCCUCGACAUGGGUGUCAAGAAAAACAAGGAUCAUCUCGACUUCGAGGUGAAGCGACUCGAGCUCGGCAUCGACCAGGUCAAGGACAUGCACAAGGCGCUCUCCAACGAGAUUUGGGGCCCCGAGGAGGUGGAUGAGUUCUCCCCUCCGAGCCUCCGACGUUUCGACAUGCAGACGGCGCAGCUCGAGACGACGGUCGGAGAGGUGCUGGCCGAGCUGCAGGAGCUCCGGCUUCUUGACUCCCACGUCAAGAAGAUCACUGGAAUACAAGAAGGUCAUGGUGAGCAUUUGACAGACCUCACCAGCAUCACCACGGAGAUCUCCAAUCGAGUGGAAAAGGUGGACAAGGACCUGAAGGCGGAGAUCAAGCGAACCGCCAACCUCAUGUCGGCGCACUCCGCGAACAUGCUGCACGAGACGCGCACGUCCUUCAGCCGGGAGGUGAAGGAGCUCGCCGCCCUCCACAGCGAUGUUCAAAUCUUCCUCAAAGACGCGGAGGACUCCCUGCAGCACGUCAAAGAGUCCCUGGACUCGAGCAGCCGCUACGUUGAGGCGUCCCUCCACGAGGUUCGCCUGGACAUCGAGAGCUUAGACUCGAAGAGAGAUCGCGACAAACAAGCUUUGGAAGACUCCAUGGGGUCGCUGCAGCAACAGGCUGAAAGUUCCUCGGCCUCCUUGGACCAGCUGUUCCGCAGCCUGGAGCACCUCUCCUCGGUCCUUCAGCUCUCUCUCAAGGGCCAGCGCAUGGUUAUUGCCCUCGGCGUGCAAGACUUCGUCGAUCGAAAGGACACCACCUACGUGGGCUUCAAGAAGGCGCAUGCAGGCCCGUUGGCGCUGGUUUGCUUCGUGGGGGCCGUCGCAGCGCAGAGUCCGUCGAACGCCUCGAGUGCUGCGACUUCACUUCGAGGAUGCCGUGACUGCCACUGCCAAGGAGUGGAGGGCGGACCCUGCAGGGCCAAGCCUUGGAUGGUUUGGGUCCGAGCUUCUCCAUGCUGUGACGACUUCGAGUGCACGUCCUCGGGCUUUGGUGGUGUGUGCGUUCGCCGCCAAGAGCGCUGUCUACCGGAGCACAGCACCUGCGGGUGGUCAGGUCAGCCAUCACAGUCUUGCUGCGGCAGUGCACAGUGUCAACAGCUACUGGGUGGCAGUGAGAUGAAGUGUGUGGAACAGCAAAGCUGUGUGGCCACAAACGAAGUCUGUGGAGGACCCGGUCAGCUGACGCAGCAGUGUUGCGGCAGCGCAAAGUGCCAGCAGCUCUUGGGCGGCAGUCAGAUGACAUGCGUGGAACAGCAAAGCUGCGUGGCUGUGAAUGAAGUUUGCGGGGGGCCAGGUCAGCUGACACAGCUGUGCUGCGGCAACGCGAAGUGCCAACAGCUCUUUGGUGGCAGUCAGAUGAUAUGCGUGGAGCAAGAGAGCUGCGUGGCAGAAAAUGAAGUUUGCGGGGGGCCAGGUCAGUUGACACAGCCGUGCUGCGGCGAUGCAAAGUGCCGGCAACUCUUGGGCGGCAGUCAGAUGAAGUGCGUGAAGCCUCAAAGCCUACUACUCGAGCAAGUCUGUGUGGCAGCAAACGAAGUUUGUGGAGGGCCUGGGCAGAUGACCCAGCAGUGUUGCGGCAACGCAAGGUGCCAACGGCUCUUGGGUGGCAGUCAGAUGAUAUGCGUGAAGCAGGAGAGCUGCGUGGCAGAAAAUGAAGUUUGCGGAGGGCCAGGUCAGCUGACACAGCUGUGCUGCGGCAACGCGAAGUGCCAACAGCUCUUUGGUGGCAGUCAGAUGAUAUGCGUGGAGCAAGAGAGCUGCGUGGCAGAAAAUGAAGUUUGCGGAGGGCCAGGUCAGUUGACACAGCCGUGCUGCGGCAAUGCAAAGUGCCAGCAACUCUUGGGCGGCAGUCAGAUGACGUGCCAUGCUGAUUGA